AUGACCCUUGCAACAGUUCGCCGGUCCUCCCAGUCGAUCGACAUUGAAAAGCCCGGCGGCUACACGCGUAGCGAGGUGCUCUCGUGGACGCUCGUCCUCCUCGUGUGGCUUUCCAACCUCCUCUUUGCCGGCUUCAUCUUUGGCUGGGCCUCGAUGCUGCUCAUGCUCCAGGAAGAGAACCAAUACGCCGAGCGCUGCACGCCCGAGACAAUCAACCCUUCCACCGGCCGCUGCGCCGACCAGGACGCCAAGCUCAGCCUUAUCUACGGCGUUGCCCAGUUCCUCCUCUCGUUCUGCUCGCUCCCGACCGGCAUCGUGCUCGACAAGGUCGGCCCCAUGUGGAUGACGCUGGUUGCUGGCAUCUUUGCGGUCGCGGGCUACCUCCUCAUGGCGGUCAGUGACUCGGCCACCUUUGAUGCUUUUGUCUACGGCUACGGUCUUCUCGGCAUGUCGGGCAGCGCGACGCUCCUCGCCUCGUACCGCGCCGGUUUUGUGCUCCUGCGGUGGCAGACGGCCAUCAUCGCGGGUGUCUGCUGCCUCUUUGACGGCAGCGCGGUCAUGCCGUCCGUGCUCUACGCAAUUCACAAGUCGGGUGGCUUCUCCCGCCAGUCGCUGCUCUAUUUCUACGCCGGCGUCGCAUUCGUAGUGUACUUCUCGCUCGUCGCGCUCUGGUGCAUCAUUGAGCGCCAAAACAAGGUCCUCGAAGGCACGAUCGACAGUGUCUCGGACAACAGCGACCCGGAGGCCGCCCUGAGCCCGUCGUACAACGCGCUCCAAGAAGACAAGCCGCUCUCCGAGUCGCCGCUCUUCACGCAGCUCAAGUCGUUUGAGUUCCGCUUCCUCCUCACGUUUACGGCCGUGCACAACCUCCAGUCGUCCUACUACUUCGGUACUGUCAACCAAACGCUCGCGAACUACGACGAUACGAGCAAGGUUUACACCAAGGCGUUUGGCUGGAUCCUCCCCGCCGGCUUUAUCUUCAUCCCGGUCAUCGACUGGGUCGUCGGCCGCUUCGGUCUCCCGGCGUCCAUGGGCCUCACGACUGCGCUUUGCAUUGGCUAUCACAUUGUGUCGCUGAUCCCGGUUCUCACUCUGCAGGUCGUGAGCUUCGUCCUCUUCACGGCCUUCCGCGCAAUGUUCUACUCGAACGUCGCAGCCUGCGGUGCGGCGACCUUUGGCUCGGUCAACAUGGGCAAGAUCAUUGGUGCAGUCAACACGGCGGCCGCCAUUAUCGCGCUCCUUGAGAUUCCGCUUGUCGAAGCCGCCCACGGUGGCCUCGGUCCAUGGCGCGUCAUUUACAGCAUCUCGCUCGGCCUGGCCAUCUUGAUGCUUCCGCUCGUCGAGCUCUACCGCCGCCGUGUCAAGGCCUCCGAAGCUACCAACUAA